AUGGACAGUUCAAGCAUUUUUAUAGAAUGUGGUAGUAGUCAAUGGGAAGAUGUAGAAGUUGAUCACGGUGAUUGUGGUGGUUAUGAUGAUGACACACUUUGGGUUCCUGCAAUCAGGAUGUGUUUUUCUUGUCUAGAGGAAGUUAAAACAUAUUAUCAAGAGUAUGCUUUAAAAAAGGGGGUUGGAUGGAGGAUUAGAUCAUCGAAAAAAGGAGAUGACGGGGAAGUCAACUACCUAAUACUUUCAUGUUCAAGAGAGGGGUCUAACAUUUCAAAAAUUUCAUGCACGUUAAAGACACUACCAUCUAGAGCAAAAAAUUGUCCUGCCAUGGUUUGUAUUAAAUUGAAACAAGAUGGUUUUUGGUACAUUACACAAUUUGAAUCUAACCAUUCUCAUGAGACUAGCCCUACAAAAGCAAGAUUGUUCAAGGCUAACAGGAAAAUGAACUUACAUGUGAGGAGAACAAUCCAAAUCAAUGAUGAUGCGGGAGUAAGGAUCAACAAGACUUUUCAAUCGCUUGUUAAAGAUGCAGGAGGACAUGAAAACAUUCCCUUUUGUGAAAAAGAUGUGAGGAAUUAUAUUAACAAAGAGCGUCGUGCAAUUGGAAAAGAAGGUGAUGAUUUGGAUGAUGAUUUUCAUGUGAGGAAUGUAUUUUGGGCUGAUGCAAGAAGUAGAGCCGCUUACGAAUAUUUUGGAGAUGUUGUAACUUUUGACACAACGUACUUGACUAACAAGUAUGACAUGUCUUUUGCUGCAUUCGUGGGUGUGAAUCACCAUGGUCAAUCAACAUUACUUGGUUAUGGAUUACUACUUUCAGGUGAAGACACAGAUUCUUUUGUGUGGUUAUUUAAGUCAUGGCUUCGUUGUAUGCUAGAAAAAGCACCUUUAGGUAUUGUGACCGAUCAAUGUAAGGCUAUGAAAAAUGCUAUUGAGUUAGUCUUCCCUACAACUCAUCAUCGGCGGUGUUUAUGGCAUAUAAUGAAAAAAAUUCCAGAAAAGCUAAGUGGAUAUGGUGAAUACAAAAGAAUCAAGUAUGCAAUGAAAUAA